CCGUAGAAUUUUGAGUGUUAGCACAACAUCAGCAUGCACGUAAGGCCAUGUGUAAUUACAACACCCUAACCAAAACUCUGCUUUCCCUCUGCUCCAAAACCAGAUCUUUUAUCCAAACCAAGCAAACUCACGCCUUUGCCAUUCUCCAUGGCCUCCUCCCCACCGACAUUUCCCUCUCCGCCUCUCUCAUUCUCCGCUACGCCGCUUUUAGUUCCCCUUCAACUUGUCUCCUCCUGUUCCAACAAGCUCUUCCCUAUUCUCGAACGCCUUUCUUAUGGAACACCUUCAUCCGUGCUUUAUCCAUCGCUAGAGUUAAUCACGACGGAUUUCAGUUCCAUAUUUACAAUUCAAUGCUUCGAACAGGAAUAAAACCCGAUGUUUAUACUUUCCCUUUCCUUCUCAAGGCUUGUGCCGAUGGUUUUUAUUUUCAAAAAGGCUUGGAGGUUCAUGGGACUGUUAUUAAAACUGGGUUUGGUUCGAGCGUUUUAUUAGGCAAUACCCUCUUGUCCUUUUAUGGCAACUGCGGGGGUUUGAGGGAAGCGAGGAAAGUGUUUGAAGAAAUGCGUGAGAGAGAUGUUGUAUCAUGGAAUACAGUUCUAGGGUUUUUUUCGGUUAAUGGGUUUUACUUGGAGGCCCUUGAUUUUUUCUCCCUAAUGAAUUUUAGUUCUGACAUGAAGCCCAACAUGGUUACUUUUGUCACUUUGUUGCCCGUUUGUGGAAGGGUCGGAGAUAUAAGGUUGGUGGUGCAGAUUCAAGGAAGUGUUGUUAAGGUUGGAUUAAAUUCUGAAGUUACCAUCGGGAAUGCAUUGAUUGAUGCAUAUGGGAAAUGUCUCGGUUCAGAUGAUUCAAAACGAGUUUUUGAUGAAAUGGUGGAUAAAAAUGGGGUUUCUUGGAAUGCAAUAAUUUUUAGUCUAGCUUACAUGGGGCUUAAUAGGGAUGCGUUGGAUAUGUUCAGGUUGAUGAUGGAGGUUGGGCUGACACCCGAUUCCAUCACUAUUUCAAGUAUGAUAGCAUUGUUGGUUGAGUUAGAAUUUUUCAAUUUAGCAAAGGAGAUUCAUGGUUUUAGUCUGAGAUUUGGCAUUGAACAUGAUGCAUUUAUCUCGAACACAUUGAUCGAUAUGUAUGCAAAAGCAGGUCAUCCGAGUUCAGCUUCAAAUGUGUUUCGCCAAAUGAAUUUGAGGAGAAAUGUUGUUUCGUGGAAUGCCAUGGUUGCCAAUUUUGCUCAGAAUAGGUUCGAGUCGGCGGCUAUGGAACUAAUAAGAGAAAUGCAAGCUCAAGGUGAGGUUCCAGAUUCCAUUACCUUAACAAAUGUUCUUCCAGCUUGUGGACGGGUAGGAUCUCUUCAAAAUGGAAAAGAAAUUCAUGGUAGAACGAUUCGUCUGGGAUCCAACUAUGAUCUGUUUGUUUCCAAUGCUCUGACAGACAUGUAUGCAAAAUGUGGACACCUAAAGCUUGCUCAAAAUGUCUUUAACACCUCAAUUAAGGAUGAAGUCUCAUACAAUAUUUUGAUCGUAGGCUAUUCACAAACUAGUGAAUGGUCAAAAUCUGUGAGUUUGUUCUUAGAAAUGGAGCUCAUUGGUAUGAAACAUGAUGUAGUUUCAUUCAUGGGUGUUACAUCAGCCUGUGCAAACCAAGCCGCGUUCAAGCAAGGCAAAGAAAUCCAUGGACUGGCUGUGAGAAGGCAUUUUCACACCCAUCUCUUUGUCGCUAAUUCCCUAUUGGACUUCUACACUAGAUGUGGAGAAAUUGACACUGCUAGGAAGCUCUUUGACCAGAUUAAGCACAAGGACGUUGCCUCAUGGAAUACUAUGAUAUUAGGUUAUGGAAUGCUAGGUGAACUAGACCCUGCCAUCAGUCUCUUUGAAGCAAUGAAGACAGAUGGUAUUGAGUAUGAUUCGGUUUCAUACAUUGCAAUACUAUCGGCUUGUAGCCAUGGGGGAUUACUUGAUAAAGGGAGGAAAUACUUCGAAGCAAUGAAAAAUCAGAAAAUUAAGCCAACAGAAAUGCAUUACGCAUGUAUGGUCGAUCUUCUGGGCAGGGCUGGCCUACUGGAAGAGGCAAAAGAACUUAUUAAAAGCUUGACAGUAACCCCGGAUGCUAAUAUUUGGGGUGCUUUACUUGGAGCAUGCCGAAUUUUCGGAAAUGUUGAGCUAGGGUGUUGGGCUGCUGAGAAUUUGUUUAAGUUAAAGCCCCAGCAUGCUGGAUACUAUACUGUUCUAUCAAACAUGUAUGCUGAAGCAGGGAAAUGGGAUGAGGCAAAUAGGGUUAAGGAACUGAUGAAAUUAAGGGGCGCAAGUAAGAAACCCGGGUGCAGUUGGGUUCAUAUCCAGGACCAGGUCCAUGCUUUUGUGGCUGGAGAGAGAAUGGAGAGAUUGGAUCCAACUCAAUGGCUUGCUUGAUACAGAUCAAAUUUUGUUAUGAACAUUUUCAUUCAGCUUGGCAGUUCAUCACCUGAGAUUAUUCAGAAGCUCUUCUUGUCAAUAAUAUUUAGGUCUCGUUACUGUUGUGUGUCUUAUGGGCGUUAUUAGAUAUCACACGUGUGUAUUUCUCAAGGAGAGGACUGCGAGAGCGGUGACGAAAAGAGGGGAUAGGGUCAGCACCGGCACAAUCCUUCAGCCCUAUUCAUUGAAUAAAGCUUGUUUCAGCAGUUCAUGGCACCCAUCCGGGGCAGAGAUGGAUUGAUCAAGUAUCGGUGCCCGAAUAUGUUUGUUCGUGUUAAUCGUCACCAAGCCUGAUCAUGGACACCGAAUAUGAUCGUUUUAACUGUCAGCCAAGCCUGAUCAUGGACCAAGUUCGACGCUGUUCAGCAUUCUCUGAUGCUUAAGGAGCUCCUUUCUGCCUUUGGCCUGCAACCGUCGAAGUUUUAAAGUGGUGGGGGGGGGGGGGGAACAAAAAGGAAGAUGAGAAGG